AUGAUGUUCUCCAAGGCUUGGCCAGCAGCUGUCCUGCUGUUUGGUGUCACUUCGGCCCAGGACAAGACUUACGACUAUGUCAUUGUAGGAGGAGGUACCGCUGGAUCAGCUCUAGCAACACGCUUGAGUCUAGGCCUGCCGGAUGCCCAGAUCUUGCUUCUUGAAGCCGGCCCAUCUGCCCUCGAUGAGCUCCGCAUCAACGUCCCUGGUCUACGAGGCUCCAUUCUGGGAACGAACUUUGACUGGAACUUCACUACGGUUGAUCAGAGCGGUCUCGGUGGUCGCCAGAUCCUCGUGAACCGCGGCAAAGUCUUGGGUGGCUCAUCAGCCAUGAACUACCUCUGCUAUGACCGUGCUUCGUCCCCGGAGUACGAAUCAUGGGCUGAGAUGGGCAGCGAAGGAUGGACUUGGGACGUCAUGAUUGAUGCCAUGACCAAGUCGGAGAACUUCACCGGUUCAGACAAGGAUACUCGCGGUCGCGCCGGUCCCAUCCGUAACACGUACAACCGCGUCAUAUAUGAUGUACUCAACACAUGGCAGCCGGCCGGCAGCGAGCUUGGUCUUCCUAUCAACGAGGAGGGCAACAUGCACGGCAAUCCCAUCGGCAUCAUGUUCCAGGGCACCAACAUCAACAACGUCGACUACAGCCGCUCUUACAGUGCGAACAGCUACUUGCCUCUCGCCGGCUCUAACCUCGUUGUUCAGACGAGUGCUCAGGUUGUCAAGGUUAAUCUCGAGAAGGCCUGUGAAACUGAGUAUGUCGCCACCGGCGUUACGCUCGCUGAUGGGAGUGUUAUUAAUGCUACCAAGGAAAUCAUUCUCUCCGCCGGUUCUGUGCAGAGCCCUGGUCUCCUCGAGCUUUCUGGUAUCGGACAAACUGCCGUUCUUGAGGCUGCUGGAGUAACACCUUUGGUUGACCUUCCUGGAGUUGGCGAGAACUACCAAGACCACAUCCGCACCUCCAACGUGUACCGUCUCAAGGAUGGCAUCGACUCAUUCGACAACCUCAUUUUUGACGCCAACGGAGAGAAUGCCACCGCUGAGCUCCAAAAAUGGAUCGAUGGAGAGGUCUCUCUCUACGACUACACCUCGGCUGCCUACGGCUUCUUGAACUGGGGCCAAGUCGACAGCCAAGCUCAGGCCGACAUCACAGCUCUUGCCGAGAGUGCCGUCGGCGCUAGCACUAACCCCAUCGACAAGAAGAAGCUCGAGUUCCUCAAGAACGACGCUGUUCCGGACUACGAGCUCAUCUUCGAGGCCAACCACGUCGGUGCCGCUGGGUACCCUGGCUCUGGCAAGUUCAUCACGGUUUUCAGCACUGUUAUGCAUGCUCUCAGCCGCGGAAAUGUGCACAUCGACCCGGCCAACCCGACAGGCAAGCCGAUCAUCGACCCCAAAUACCUCAGCAACGAACACGACAUCAGGGCUGCAGCGGAGGGCGCCAAGUUUGCGCGCAAGAUCGCCGAGACGGGCCCUAUCUCUGCGAUGUGGGAGGCCGAGACUGAGCCAGGCCCAGAUAUCCAGACCGAUGAGAAGUUCAGCGAGUUCGCAGUCAACACGGUCAACAGCUUUUACCAUCCUGUUGGCACUUGCUCUCUGCUGCCUCGAGAUGACGGUGGUGUUGUAGAUGCCGAUCUUAAGGUGUAUGGAACUACUAAUUUGCGCGUGGUGGACAAUAGCAUCAUUCCCAUCAUUCUCUCUGGUCACAUCCAGACGGCUGCGUAUGGAAUUGCAGAGAUUGCCGCUGCAAAGAUCAUUGCCCAAUCAGGCUAA